UUUAAACUCACCUGCCCGACUCCCUGAUGCAGCACAGCCCACCUGAGAAGGGAAGAGAACAGGAAAGAAUCUCAGGACAUUCAGACGGACAAGCCUUGUCGAAGUUCUCAGCAGCGUUCUAAGAGUACCAACAGUCAAGCCAACCAGGACAGGAUGAACAGAAACCGUAUCAGCAGCAAUAGCAGCAGCUCCAGCAGCCUGGCUGAGCUGCCCACCACUCCCACCCGAGUGGUGGGUGGACCCCUGUCGCCCAGGAGGGGACCUCCCCAGUUCAAACAGAGGAUCACCAGGCAUUUCAAGAGCAAGCCUCCCACGAAGGGAGUGAAGGGAUUUGGCGAUGAAAUCCCUGGCAUGGAGGGUCUUGGCAGUGACUUUACGGUGGUGUGCCCGUGGGAGGCCUUCAGCCACCUGGAGCUGCACGAGCUGGCCCAGUUUGGCAUCAUCUGAGAUCCGGCGCCGGACCCGACAACGUCGACACCGAUAUCACUCCCACCUCAUGACAUUAACACCCUGAGCAGACAGAUGCAGUAGCGCGGGCUCUUUCUCCAGCCAUACAACACACAUACCUGGAUGUACAGGUACACACCUGCAGGGGUGACAAGUAUGAAUCAGGUGCACAUGCAGACAGGUGAAGAGAGAAUGUGUGAGAAAGGUGACCAUGACCAUGACAACACAUUUAAAUGCACAGUGCACACACAGUAUGCCAGAAGACCAUAACCGAGCAGACUGCCUCUCCACAUGAGAAUGAGAGUGAUUGUGUUGCUCAUUACACCUCUUUUAUAGCCUACUGGAAGGAAGUUGGAAGAUCAACAUGAAUAAUGUAGAAUUAGGAUAAAGAGUUUAUGAUACGAUUGUCCAGCCAAGACAAGAACACUAGCAGGCAUAUGUGUUACAGGAAGCUUUUAUCUUAUGUAGCAUUACAGCUGAAAACCAGUCCCAAGGUAUUUAUUUAUUCUGUGUGCACUAGAACUGGCCCGUUGUUCCUUUAAAGUACUACAUGCUCCCCAUGACUGAAACAUUUGAACUGAAACGUUUGAUUAGAAAGUGAUGUGAAUGCUUUGAAAUACUGAGUAGGAUUUAAUUUGCCUUUCAUUACUGCCUAUCUAUAUAUAUUGAUAUAUAGGUUUUUUAAAUAACUUUUG